UGUUUAGCGCGCAAAAUGACAGAAAUAUGGACACUGCCAAUUACAGGAUUUGCUCUUUCUUCAGUCCCUUCAACUAUCCCGCCUUGCUAUGUGUCAAUUGAAUCCUCUGCGAUACUGUUUAUCCCCAGUUGCCACUGCCUUCGCUGGCGUAACAAGGACUUACCAGCUUGCGUAUUGUCAUACUGUUUAGAACGCAACGCUAGGCGUAAGCUAGCCACAGUUUACGGUCAUGACAAAUCAAUGCCUGAGGAGACAGUCGAAACUUUUUUUCCUUUCGAUCCUUAUUUGCUAAAAAUAUCUAACCAGUAUAUUGAAGACAACUAUAUGGCUUACCAGAGUAAUGAAACAGAAGACGAUGUGGAUAGGACCGCCAAAAACCUCCUUUCUCGAAAACGUGGUGACUCAGAAUUGUGCGAAGAAGACGAUUUUAUUACAACGGAUAAACGCCAGAAGCAUUUGGAAAUGUCUAAAACCGAAGAGCUUGACAAACAAUUUCAUUGCGGGCCUUAACACCUAUUUUAAAAUGUCCAGCUUUUAUUAAUUAAAAAUACAUUUUCAUUUUACGUAUCAUUUCAA